ACCCCCACCGAACAGCCGGCCGGUCGGGUAGGUCACCUCCGUGUUUACUACAGGACCGACGGCAGACGUCUGUGCUCCUCCGGCCGAGCCUGAGAGCCGGGCCGUAAGUCCUCCUUUCCCCCACCAUGACCGGGCCGGCGGCGCCACUAGCCUCCUGCUAACACCCAUGAAGAUGCCCUAUGCACGGGGCUCUGUGCGAGAAGAUGGCGGAGUCGGACGGUGGGGAUUUGGCUUCGAAACAUCCGCAGAACAGUAUGGCUAACAAGAAUCGCACUCUCCGCUGCACAUUCUCCGCCCCGAGCCACAGUGCCACUCUCCUUCAGGGCUUAUCAGUCUUGCGGGAUCAAGGUCAGCUUCUUGACGUUGAGCUGGCCAUCAACAACGAGCGCUUCCACGUCCACAAAGCUGUGCUUGCUGCCUGCAGUGAUUACUUCAGGUCAGUAGCGAUGUUUACCGGAGGCAUGAGGGAGUCAAACCAAGACACCAUUGAGCUGAAGGGUUUGUCCGCCCGAGGGCUGAAACAUAUUAUCGACUUUGCCUAUAGCGCAGAAGUCACUUUAGAUCUGGACUGUAUUCAGGAUGUCCUCGGAGCAGCUGUUUUUCUCCAAAUGGUCCCUGUUGUGGAACUUUGUGAAGAGUUCCUCAAGUCUGCGAUGAGCGUGGAGACCUGCCUGCACAUCGGACAGAUGGCUACCACGUUCAGCCUGUCUUCCCUUAAAGAGUCAGUGGAUACUUUCACGUUCCGUCAUUUCCUCCAGAUUUCAGAGGAGGAGGACUUCCUGCACAUUCCCAUGGAGCGUCUUGUCUUCUUCCUGCAGAGCAACAAGCUGAAGAACUGCAGCGAGAUUGACCUCUUCCACGCUGCCAUCAGGUGGCUCCAGUAUGACGAGUCCCGUCGGACUCAAGCCAGCAACGUCCUCUGCCACGUUCGCUUCCCGCUAAUGCGCUCGUCGGAGCUGGUGGACAGCGUUCAGAAGGUGGACAUCAUGGUGGAGGACGUACUGUGCCGCCAGUAUCUCCUUGAGGCCUUCAACUACCAGAUCCUUCCCUUCCGACAGCACGAGAUGCAGUCAUCGAGGACGCUGAUCCGCUCCGACGUCAUGUCACUGAUCACGUUUGGUGGGACGCCGUACACGGACCACGACCGCACCGUGAGCACCAAAGUCUACUACCUUCCCGACAUCGCUUCACGCCAAUUCAAAGAGCUGACAGAGAUGGAGAGUGGGUGCAGCCACGCUUGCGUCGCUGUCCUCGACAACUUCGUGUAUGUCGUUGGAGGUCAGCAUUUACAGUAUCGCAGCGGAGAGGGGGCGGUCGACAGCUGCUUCAGAUACGACCCUCAUCUGAACCAGUGGCUGCGUAUUCAACCCAUGCAGGAGGCUCGCAUCCAGUUUCAGCUCAACGUACUGAACGGACAGCUCUACGCCACAGGGGGGCGCAAUCGGUCCGGCAGCCUGUCGUCGGUUGAGUGUUACUGCCCAAAGAAGAAUGAGUGGACUUGUGUGGAACCAUUAAAACGCAGAAUCUGGGGUCAUGCCGGGACCACCUGUGGGGAUAAGCUUUACAUCUCAGGUGGUUACGGCGUCUCCCUGGACGACAAGAAAACCCUCCACUGCUACGACCCGUCAUCCGACCAGUGGGACUUCAAAGCUCCCAUGAAUGAACCCAGAGUGCUUCACGCCAUGAUCAGCACCAGGGAGCGGGUUUACGCCCUGGGCGGCCGCAUGGACCACGUGGACCGCUGUUUCGACGUGCUGGCGGUGGAGUAUUACAUCCCGGAGAACGAUCAGUGGACGACCGUCAGCCCCAUGAGGGUGGGCCAGUCCGAGGCCGGCUGCUGCUUACUGGACCAGAAGAUCUACAUCGUCGGAGGCUACAACUGGCACCUGAACAACGUCACAAGCAUCGUGCAGGUGUACAACACAGAGUCCGAAGAGUGGGAGAGGGACUUGCACUUCCCAGAGUCCUUUGCUGGCAUCGCUUGUACACCCAUUAUACUUCCACAAAACACCACACAACGCUAAGUAUCUGACCUGUCGACUGUGAACAUCUGAUUCCGUGUGCUCUUCCAUCUGGUGAACAUCAUGUGAACUACUGUGUCUCUGGUGCGUGAUUCAUUAAAGGAACAACCUGAGCACCCACUGUGGGCUGUUAUUUUCCAUCCAUCACCAGGAGGUGCUGUGGUACAGUAACAACAUUAACGUGAAAACACUGGAUGUUAUGUAACCUUUAGUUUUCACCAAGGAAAGAACUAAAAGGUCGUAGACUUUUCUUCAGUGUUGGAGCUUUUUGAUGUGUCGAUGCACCUCAGAGAAAAGCCUUUAAUGAAACAAUGAUCAGAAUUUUCAAUCAAUGUUUUCAGGUUUUUUUGUAAUUAUACUUCUCUCCUUACAUAAGUUGGUUGAACCAGAUGUUAUAAAGUGUUACGAAUUCAAUCAUUAAGGUUAAUAAUUUACCAGUCAGAUGUUUUAAUGUCUAUAUUUCACCAAAUUAAGUAUUUGGGUUUUUUUUUUUUCAAUUUAAGCAGUGAUCAGUCGUAAGAGUCACCUCUGAAAAGAACUAUAAUCUCUUUUUAGGGCGAGUUGACAUCUUGAUUUGAUUUUUUAUUUGAGUUUUUUUUUUUUUUUUUUAAUUUUUCCUUGCAAAGGUCCAAAUAGACACAACCUUUUAACUGUCGGACAUUUUGAUUGUACAGGAUUUUAGCCGUUGUGAUAUUUUUUAAUUUUUUGCUUGUUAUAACAUUAUUAUUUUAACACAGAAGAACACAACAACUGAAAACCUUACCGUUUUAUAUGCUCAUGUCUUCUCAGAUCUUACCACUGACUACAUAUCACUGCACAGUAAUGAUUGCACAAAUACACACAAACAGCGGAUGUUUUAACUUUGAGUCGGUUAUUGCACAGUGUAUUAAUGAUGGCCACUGCCCUUGUGCUUUCCUAAGCCAAACACCCCCCCCCCACACACACUGACACACUAACUGUUUUCUGUGGACGUCUUCCGGCAGCUACAUAAAUCAUUCAUGUGUUUGUCUGUUGGAAUGUCAGCAUGUUAAACAGAUGCUGCAGUUCAUCAUGUUGACAUUAAAUGCAUUUGUUUCUUUGGCCGACACAGAAACACCAAACCCCGCUGUAGGAAAUGAAGUUUUUACCUGUGAGAUACUGCCCUUUACAAAAGUACGAAAGAUAAUCAGUUGUUCAUUUCUCAAACGAGGCGAGGCUGUUUUUAUUACGACCACAUUCCUGCACUUUUCAGAGCAGUAUUAAUCAGACGUGUGAUUCUGCUGCUAAAGCUAAAGAUGUAAUGUACGAGGAAAGUUCUCAUUUUUCCCGGUUAAAUGUGACCAUCUUCAUGACGUCGAGAACGUGUUGAACCCUGUUUGCCUUAGUGUGUCGUCGUUCCGUCUUAUACCUGUACCUGUAAAAGCACAUUAUGAUUGAAGUGCAAUAUAAAUGAAACUGCUGUAGUCCAAGGGGAAUGUAGACAUUUGUGUAGCUUUAUGUGCAUCCUUUAUUAAAGGUGUAUUAUGUUUAAAAA